ACUGUAUUCUUUCCCAUUCUUUAUUUGCCCUCCCAUGUGCCCCCGCCCCUCUCUCUUUAAUAUCGAUGACGUUGACGUCGCCCGCUUCUCUCUCCGUCCUGCCCGUGACACGCUCCUCGUCCUCCUCUUCGCUAUGGCUUCCGCGCCGGAGCUCGGAGCCUCGGCCGACGCCCUCCUGGCCAUCGUCCGCCGCAUAUCCGCCGCAGGGGGCUUCGCCGAAGCCGGGCCCCUACGGGCCGACUGCCUCCGCCUCGCCCGCAAGGUCUCCAUCCUCUUCCACCUUCUCGAGGAGAUCCGGGACUCCGCAGCCGCGGCCAAUCCGACUCCGCCCUCUUCUCCCAUGGCGUCCUCUUCUUCCCGGACCUCCCCUUCCUCGUCAUUGGCCGAUCUGACGGCGGCUUUCGAGGCGGUCGAGCGGUUUCUCAUGCUUGCCUGCCGGCCUCCUCCGGCCGGUUCCCCCACUGAUAUGAUCAACAAAUAUAUUGCAGUCCAGUGUCAGUAUGUGGCAUGGCAAUUGGGGAAGGCUCUUGGAAACUUACCAUCUGAUUAUUUUGACAUAUCAGAUGAAGUCCAAGAACAAGUUGAAUUGGUGCGUGCACAGCUGAGAAGGGCAGCAGAGAAGGAUAAAUCAAAUCUACAAAUCUUUUCAGCAAUUUAUGAUACACUCUCCCAUGUGCACGGUGAAGAGGUUAUGUUGGAGCUGUCAAACUGUCGCAAAGCAUGGAAGAAUGACAGCCCAGGCCGCGCUGAUGUUGAUUUCCAGAAAAUAAUAGUUCUAGUUGCUGAAGUUAAUGGAAAGUCUGAGCUUGAGGCCAAGCAAAUAGAAUCCACUCUGUUGGAAACACUCCAGCAAGCUAGACUUGCUGAUCCUGAUAAAACUGUUGGAGAUGAUAUCAAGUCCAGCAAUGAUGCCAUAACGACUUUUGAUGAAAUCAAGAAACCUGAUUCUCCGGUGAUUCCGCAGGACUUCUGUUGCCCAAUAUCCCUUGAAUUGAUGAGAGAUCCUGUCAUCGUUGCCACUGGACAGACUUAUGAGAGGUCUUCUAUUCAGAGAUGGAUCGACUGUGGCAACCAGACGUGCCCAAAGACUCAGCAGAAGCUCCAAAAUCUUAUAUUAACCCCUAACUAUGUGCUGAGAAGUCUUAUCAUGCAGUGGUGUGAAGAAAACAGGAUUCAGAGACCACAUGGAUCAACCAGUGGAAGUUUAAGAAAGAGCAAUGGAUCUUACCAUGAAAUUUGUGGGGACACAGACAAAAUCGAGGCACUGGUUCGUAGUCUCUCAAGUAGCUCCAUGGAGGAGCAGAGGUCUGCUGCCGCCGAAAUCCGAUCGCUGGCCAAAAGGAGCAUGGAUAACAGAAUUCUGAUAGCAGAGGCCGGAGCUAUCCAAGUUCUUGUUACUCUUUUAUCGGCGGACGACCCAAAAAUCCAAGAACAUGCAGUGACAUCUAUCUUGAACCUCUCGAUAUAUGAUAACAACAAGGCAAUAAUAAUGCUUGCUGGAGCCAUUCCUCAAAUGAUCAAAAUACUUAAUUCUGGAAGCAUGGAGGCGAGAGAGAAUGCUGCAGCAGCCAUUUUUAGCUUGUCACUUGUGGAUGAGAAUAAGAUAACCAUCGGAGGCACACCAGGAGCAGUUGAAUCAUUGGUCAAGUUGCUCCAAAAUGGUAGCCUAAGGGGGAAAAAAGAUGCUGCAACAGCUUUGUUCAACUUGUGCAUUUAUCAUGGCAACAAAGUUCGUGCCGUGCGGGCUGGGAUACUGACACCUUUACUUGAUAUGCUAAAGGAUCCUUCCAGCAAUUGCAUGAUAGAUGAAGCAUUGACAAUAUUAUCAGUUCUUGUGAGCCACCAAGAGGGCAAGGUGGCUGUAGUUAAAGCUAACAUGAUCCCGCUUCUAAUAGACCUUUUAAGGACUAGCCAGCCGCGCAAUAAGGAGAACUCGGCGGCCAUAUUACUAGCUCUUUGUAAGAAAAAUCAUGAGAACCUUGAAUGUAUAGUGCAGCUAGGUGCUCUUAUACCGCUAACUGAGUUGGCAAGAAGUGGUACAGAUAGAGCCAAGCGUAAGGCUACUUCUCUGCUCGAGCAUCUGAAUAAGUUGCAGACACACUAGGUGAGUUUUCUUUGCAAUUGUUUUGUUUGUGCUGUAUAAGUUUCUAUAAUUGUUUCAUUUGCGUGCAAAACCAGUGGAUGACAAGUCAUGUAUACUGGUUUGUGAAUUAACUUCAUUCUUUACGAGAGUCUGUGAAGGUUUCCUCUGUAUCUUCUUUUAAGUGAUGUUGUGCGAUUUCAUUCCGGGAGCUGGUUGUGGGAUAUGAAAAAUUGGCAUGAUCUCCACUGUUCUUUGCAUCUGCUGAACAUUUGUAAUAAUUUUUUUUCAAGUUAUGUUGCUUUUUGUUGGAAUCUUCUGCAAUGAAACAACCUUUCACAA